AUGGCUGAUGCACUUGCCCUGGUUUCCAGACUGUUAGACCAACUGGACGGAAAGGAGGAAUUUACAGAGCUCACCGGAAUCCUCCGCCACAUUGAACCAGUGCUGGAGGAUGCAGAGAAGAGGCGAGUGAAAGAUGAGCGCGUGAGAGUGUGGUUGGGGAAGCUCAAAGACGUGAGCUGCGACAUCGAAGACGUGUUGGACGAGUUGAGCACUGCCAUACCCAAAUUGGAAGAAGAAACUCAUGGAACAAAGAAAGCUUUCGUUUUGAUGAAGGUAUGCUUCUCUCGGCUUACCUCUUGCUUUUGCUGCAGUCAAUUAGUCAAUCGGGUCGGUCAACGACGUCGUAUUAAGUGUUUGAGGGAAAGACUGAGUGUGAUUUUCGCUGAGAGUCAUGGGUUCAGGUUUAGAAAGUACAGAGAGAUUAAUCAGCCGGAGAGAGUAGGAACAGGAAUUUCUACCUCCCAUAAAUUGAUUGAAGAACCGAGUUUAUAUGGUCGGGAUGAAGAUCAGAAGAUGUUAAUAAGAAAUUUGGUAUCUGAGAGUAGUGAAGAGGGUGUGGUUAGGGGGCCUGGUGUCAUCUCCAUUGUUGGUGUGGGUGGAAUUGGGAAAACCACUCUUGCACAAUUAGUAUAUAAUGAUCAAAAGGUUAAAACUCAUUUUGAUUUCAGAAUUUGGGUGUGUAAGUCGUUUUCGUCUCGUGAGUUGAGGAUUGCUGAAGAAAUUCUUCAAGUUAUUGCCCGAAAAAAUAAGACAUCAAACUUGGUUGAAUUGGAAGCUUUACUUGAGAGUAUUCGUGCAUCUGUUUCAGGAAAGAAGUUCCUUCUUGUGUUGGAUAAUGUGUGGGAUCCCCGGGAUGCAGACUUUUCGAAGGGGUAUCUUCUUUGGAAGCUUUUGCGUUUUGGUGCUGCGGGCAGUAGAAUUUUGGUGACCGCAAGAACUGAGAGCAUGGCUAAGAGGAUGGGAGCAACUAGGAUGAUGCAUCUAAAUGCAUUGUCACAAGAAUCUUCUUGGUUGACGUUUAGGCAAAUUGCAUUUUUCGGAAGGGAUGCAAGUGAGUGCAAACAACUAGAAAAAAUUGGUAAGAAAAUUGUGAAGGUCUGCUAUGGCUUGCCUCUUGCGAUAAAGGUCAUCGGGGGUCUCCUGCACUUUAAGAGUAGUAGAGGAGAGUGGGAAUCUGUUUUGCGAGAGAUGAUCUGGGAAUUGGGACAUGCCAACAACAUAAGCACUUUUGACCUGCUUCUGUUCAGUUAUCAUGAUUUGUCUCCUGCACUAAGAUGUUGUUUCUCAUAUUGUGCAAUUUUUCCGAAAGAUCACUUGAUUGAGAGAGACAAUUUAAUUAAAAUGUGGAUGUCACAAGGUUUUCUUGGUCUCAGUGUUGACAGAAACAAAAAGAAGGAAAUGUUAGGUCAAGAAUACUUUAUGAACUUAGCAAUGCGGUCUUUCUUCCAGGAUUUUGAAAGAGAUUAUAAAGGAAAUAUUAUCAAAUGCAAGAUGCAUGACUUGGUGCAUCGCUUGGCCCAAUAUGUCACUAGAUAUGAAUGCUUUAUCACGGGUGUUGAUUGUGUUGAAGAGCCAGACGUUGAAGGCGCCCUUCAUUCUACUUUUGUCCAAGCACCUGGGGGUUACACAGGAGAGCCAGACAUUAAAGGGGCUCGUCAUUCUACUUUUGUCCUAGCACCUGGGGAUGCAAUUCCUAUCUCAACGCACAACAGAAAAGGACUGCGCACCCUCUUCACUUUGUGUUCAAUGAAUGUUCCGAUAAAUCCCGGGACAUUUGUGCAUCUAACAUGUCUUAGAACAUUAAAUUUGAGUCGCUGCUGGUUCAAAGAACUACCACAGGAGGUUGGUAAGUUCAUACAUUUGAGAUAUCUCAAUUUAUCUAGUAAUGAUGAGUUGGAAAUAUUGCCGGAGACAUUGUGUGAUUUGUCAAACUUGCAAACCUUGUUGAUCAACAAUUGCAUGCAAAUUAGAAAACUACCAGAAGGGAUGGGGAAACUAGUGAACUUAAGACAUCUUCACCUUGAUUAUUGUUUUAAUCUAGAGAGUUUGCCGAGGGGAAUUGCAAAGCUGACUUCUCUUCAGACACUCGAUAUGCUCGUUGUACCAUGUGAUGAUGAGGAAGAAGCAUUUAAGCUGGGAGAUUUGAAAAAUUUGAACCUCGAAGGGUAUCUUCAUAUUUGUAGGUGUGGAAACCUACAAAACGUGACUGCGGCUGAGAAAGUAGAACUCAUUACUAGAGGGAACCUUGUUGAUUUGAAUCUAGAUUUUGAUUGGAGUGAAGAGAGGAGACUUGAAGAUAAAAUUAUACUUGAAGCUUUACAACCACAUCCAAAUUUGGAAUCUUUAGAGAUUCGAAAAUAUCGAGACACUACCAUAUCAAUAUGUCUUAUGAGUAGCAUGAAAAAGGUUGGGUGUGAGUUUUUGGGAAUAGAUUCUGGUGGGUCAGAAAACUCAUCUAUUAUUUCAUUCCCAAAAUUGAGGGAACUUCGAUUUUCAUCCUUGUUCAAGUGGAAUGCAUGGGUAGGGAGUGCAAGGUCCAUGAAAGGGGAUGCUUCUAUCAAAAUAAUGCCAAGUCUUCAUACCUUAGAGAUUGACUCUUGCUUUUGCAUAAAAGUGCUACCAUACUUCCUCCGAAAAAUACCACUGCAGAAUUUGACAAUCAACAAGUGUAAAAUUCUCCAAAAACAUUGCCAAAAGGAGAAAGGAAAAGAGUGGUUCAAAAUUUCUCACAUCCCAAAUAUCAAAAUUAACAUUUAA